AUGGGUGGGAUACUCGCCGAUUCCGAUCGCUUGCAAACUGUCAUCGUGUUGGACGCCGACAAAACCUUGGCCCAGGAAGAUAGCGGUGUGCUCUUCUGGGAGCAGGUCCGGGCUGCCUCAGCUGAGGACGAGAUCAACAGCCCUUUGAAAGCGUUAUUUAACAAUCCCCUGGGAUAUUCUUACACUGCUUUCCGUCAGGCAACAUUGUUGUAUGAAGAGGCUCUUGGUGAUGUGGAAUCUGAGGCUUGUUGCGAGACUGUGUCAUCAUUGAUCCAUAUGCAUAGUGAUAUUAAGGACUCUUGCACUUGGUUGGCAGAACGAGACAUGUCCACGCAGUCGUCGUUACCUGUGGAAUCCGAUCUGUGUGGGAGAAGGUCCUUGAAAUAG